AUGGUAGGGCAGCAACUUCCGGCCGACGGUGACGAGGUCGCGAAAACGGCCGUCACCGGGCUCGCGGGCGACGCCGCAGGAGCUCAAAACAAGAAGAACAACUCGUGUUCAUUCCGCGACAUUUUGCAGGAUUAUUCCGCUGACGUUGACGCGAUUUCGGCAGAAAGCGGGCUCGACGACCUACACGAUCGCACUGUUGAAAUGGCCGGCUCGGCGCAGUCAUUACCCACGAUGGGUGCAGCAUAUCCUCAGCAACAGCCGCAGCACCCCUCCGCGGGCCAACUAAUUCCCCCGGUAGACCGCACAACGUCGCUCUUGCAGCGCGAGGGCGAGACCACGAGACAAGGAGCACAGAACAUGGGUGUAAUCACGCAGAGGGGUCUUGAUGCGGUUGCUCUCGCACAAAACCAGCAACACGAGUUGGGUCCCCACGUGGGCAGGCCGCGCGGUGGAGCUGGUGACGCAGCACCAGCAUCUUCUGGCGCAUAUCUUUAUCCUGCCACGGUGGAUGUCGCGCUUGCAGAUCAACACAGGACUGCAGCAGGAGAGGACAACUUACAUCAAAUGAACAACAUCGGUGAGCUGCAAGAUCACGACGAGAUUAUACUAUUGAAUAUGGAGCAGGAGUUCGUGAAGCCCGAGAAUGUCACCUGGAGGACGCUGUGCGAGCAGGAGCUGCGAAAGAAGAAGAUGUUGGAGCAGAGCAUCCGUCUUCUGGAAGACCAGGCACUACGGGGACGAGACCUCGGCGCUAGGAAGACGGAGCUGCGACUCCAGCUCGAGGACGCAAAACAGCGGCAAAGUCUCCUAUAAGAUUGCACAACUCCCCGGCGUGGAGGUCACUCUCACUUGGACAGGAAGAAGUGCACCAAUAGUUACACUUACAGAAGCAAUAGCACAUAAAAUCAAAAUGUUGCUUGUGCAUGAGCAUGGCAAAUUCGUACGCUGAGAACCAACUGAACAAGUGCUGCUCGGACCACGACCUCCGGCACCUGUCACGCAAGCAGUGGCAACAGGAUCCGAUCGACUUCUGGGUGUUUUGGUUUUGCGUCAUAAAUGAGGGAGAGUGGGGCGCACGCGUCGAGUUGUACGCUCGCAUACCGCAUCGUGGGCGACUACGAGGAACAGCUGGAAAAUGCGCGCGAGCGCCUCGAGAAGCGGAAAAAAGAGGUCGACACGGAGAAAAUUCUCGCGCUCGAGGACGAAGAACAGGUGCGGGCGGAGUUCGAACGCGCGCGCGAGUGGCGGCAGAUUUUGAAGCGGCGACGAGCGGAGGCGACGCAGGAGGAGAUGGCGCAGCAAAUGGUACGCAUGCGUCGAGAAAUUGCGCAGCGCGAGUCGGAAAUCGAAACCUACAAACAGAAGGUGUUGAACGACAUGGUAUCGCUUCAAAGCGAGAUUGACGUGCUGAAAGCAUAGAAUUUCUUUCACGUAAUUCUUGUUGCUGCAACUCGUUCAUGAUAGGUCGUGCUUUGCUUCUUCACCACCUAGAGGUCGGAUUGCUUUCCUGUGCCAACGCCGGCGAGGGGCAUAAGGAUGGGAAUUCGUAGCAUUCCAGGCAUAAGAAAUUGCAACUACAACCGAAUGAUAAAUGUAAUUAUAUGGGAAACUCUUUGCAAGUUGUUCGACACCGGAGUCGUGAUGGCAAAAUUGCGUUGAGCAAUGCUCAAAUACCUUGCUACCGUCGAGCCGCC